AGCUUUAAAUUACCGUGCUUACGCCUUCUCUACACAGAAAUACAUGUUGGCCUAUAUGCUACACGUCUAUUGCACGUCUAUUGUAAACUGUUGUACAGUCAAUGACGAAAUAUACACAUCGCCGUACCGUGUGUACGAAAAGCAUGCAAUUCCAAUCGACCAAUGCGCGGCAGUUACCUAGCCCGAAUCAAGGAGUUGCUAGCUCCAGCCAGCUAGUGCAGUGAGAUAACACAUACAGCGCGUGUAUAUACGUUGGACGCAGUGUAUGAUCGAGGUACCGUACCCCCGCGACCGGCUAACUUAGCUCUACAAAUUUUACUACUGCUCAGCUCGAACUAGCGAUAGCGCACCCGCCGACAAUCGGAAAGUGCAGGGAGUAGUUUUGAGGAGCAUGACAACAGCACCCACGAUGGAUCGGAGAAUCGAGCUGGAGUUACGUGGUGCAGAUCCGCAGAAGGUUACUGAUCUGAUGCUCGAUAACUGUAAUAGUGGAGGCAAGAUCGAAGGACUCACAGAUGACUUUGUUAGUUUGGAAAGAUUAAGCAUGAUCAACACGAGACUCACGAGUCUACAGGAUUUCCCAAAGCUUCCAAAACUACAAAGGCUGGAAUUAAGCGAUAAUGCAAUCAAAAUUAACUUAAAAUUUCUUACCGGAUGUCCGAACCUCACACACCUUAACCUGAGUAACAACAAAAUAUCAACGAUUAAUGCAUUAGAACCUUUGAAAGAGUUACCAAAGCUAACGCACCUAGACUUAUUCCACAAUGAUGUAACACGCCUAACUAACUACAGAGAAGAAGUCUUCAAGUUGUUAACGUCGCUCAAGAGCUUAGACGGGUUCAAGGGAUCAAGUGGGGAUGUAGCGGACAAUUCAAGUCCUUCAGAAGACGAGGAUGAAGAUGGUACAGAAAAUGAGGAAGAUGAGGAGGAUGAAGAAGACGAGGAGGAGGAUGAGGAAGACGAUGCUGUCGUUGAAGAUGUCGACUCGGACGAAGAUUCAGAUGAGGAUGAAGAUGACGACCCAGCUCUUGAUGAUGAGGACGAUGACGAUGAUGAUGACCUCGAUGAUGAAGAUGAUGAUGAAGACGAUGAGGAUGAGGAGGAUGAUGAGGUAGAAGGGAGUGACAAUAUUGGCCUCAACUACUUACAAAAGUCAGACCUGGGGGAUGAUGAUGACGAAGAUGAAGAGGACUACCAACCUGACAAUGAGGUCGAUGUUGACGUCGAUGACGUUGAUGAUGAAGACGAGGAUGAUGAGGAUGAUGAGGAAGGUGCACCAAGGGGAGAGAAGAGGAAAAGGGAUGAUGGCGACGAGGAAGACGACUAGGGGUAGUGGAUAAUGGGGAGGGAGGGGCGGGGGUGUUGAUUGGGGUGGAUAGCAGGUACUGGUACUAAAGAAUAUUUGAGAGAAUCGGGAGAAUCUAUCAUGAACAUUUUCUGCAUAAUGCUGGAAUCUGCUUUGUUCUCGCGUUUGAAGGCGAACAUCCAUUCCAUUUGUUCUAAAUUACUGCGGAUUAAAAAGUUUGAAAUUAUCCAUUCAAUAAAAAAUAAAGUGAUGCAAGACAUUGAGCCAAAUGUGACAAUGAGUCUAGAAGGCCCGGGACAAUGUGGAGACAAUAUUAUCACUUUAAAAGCACGGCCCUUUCCAUCGGAUGUGCUGCAGGAGGUUACUUUUAGCCGGGAUGCAGCACAUUGGCAUCAGAAAUCCGACUCCUGUCUUCAUGUCGCAAAAUUACUAAACAAAUGAUGUAACUUGAGCAACUAGCUGUUGUAUCAGAAUGGUCGCCCUGCUUUCUGCACUACUUCUCAGGUCGUUUCAAAUCUGCACCUAACCUUAUCAGUUAAUUGCAAGCACUUUUAUCAUUUAUUGAUGUGCUGCUGUUAUGUUCAUUGGCUAGGUUUGCCCAUUCAAUAUAUAAGCCUGUAGCUUCUUUACGUAUGUUUUUUGCAAGGUACUUUACAUCAACACAAUCCCAGGGGUCCAGUCAUACAUAGAAGAUGUAAAGCAGAUUUCUAGUAUGUGUAUUGCACAGAAUAUACAAAUCAAAUGUCUAGUAUGGUCUUUGAUGAAUCACAUAAGGCGUAUUGAUGAUGAAUUUAUAUACAUUUAGAGUAAAUUUCUGAACCACUUAAGCAAAUCACAUGACUUAUUCCAGCAUGCUAGUUUUUAAUUCUAAACUGUUAAACAGUCAUUUGAAAAAUAUCAAAACGAAUUUGAUUUAUGAAAUGGAUUCAAGUUUGAUUUAUCUUAACGUCACUACGCAUUUUUGGCAUUAAGAUGUCUCUUGCAUUCCAUCAUGCUUUUGUUUAUUCAUAUUAUUUUUCCUUUUUUUUUCAAGUCGCUACCUGUUUUUAUUAUCUAAAUCAAGACUUUUUCUUGUAUAUUUGUGAUUUUGAUUAAUAUCAUUGUUUGUAUUUUUUUAUAUGUAGCUCCUUGUUUUUGGUUCUAUGAUUCAUAAGAUUUUCUCCGGUAGGAUCGGAAAGUGCUGCACAUGACCAGAGAGAUAAAAUGUACAGUUAGGUUUGUUUGUGGAAUUUCUCAUUUUCGUUUUCCCAAGAAUUUUGCUUCCGAAUGAUGUGCAUACUAAUAUAAAUGUAAAUAAUUGUUGCCCUGUUAAGAGUAUAUCAUUGAGAAACCACACUUUGACUCUCAGAUGCCUGUGUAGCAUUCAAAACUUCUUUUUAAUGCAGUCUUCUUCGCGUAUAACCUUCAACUAUGGAAAUCGAUUGUGUAGUUAGCUCCGAAAUCACUUGUUGGAUUCAGUAUUAUUUUCUUCUAAAGGAAUUGAAAUGUACAUUUCUGUUGUAUUCCCUCCAAAUUGUGCUUGGCAUAUUCCUCAUCAAAAUUAAUGUGUACAAUAAAAAAUGGAAGAGAAAAAAAUAGCAUAUUGUCACUUAUAAAAUACAUCACAGAUCACUCUGUGGAAUGAAUGCCCCAUUUUCUAUAUAUAUUUGAUAAAUUGACCAAAUCACAAUAACUUAACCAGCUUAUAAGUGUGUAAUUACUCAGUUUCCAAAACUGGAAGAUUCGUGUUUAAAAUUUUGUAGUAUUCAUUGAAUGUGCCGAUCAGGACAAUAAGUUUGAAAUGUUUAUCGUAGUACUUGUUAAAAGAAAUCCUUUUAAAAUUGUGUAGAUUUAUAAAGGCAAAGAUGGAAUUGCAGAAAUAAAAUAGAGAAAUUAUAGACUUGUUGGAAAUUUAUCCUACCUGAGCUCUUAUUGGAAGGUAUUUGUGGUAAAUGUCCAAUGCGGCGGAUUGUGAAUGUAAACAAAAAUAAGCGAGGGACAAGGAACGUUGACGAAAUGGGUACUCCAUUUAACAUAUUUUGUAUGUUGCCUUUCUAUCUAUAUUUUUCUCAUGUAUGUGUGGUUUUUUUCUAUUUUAUUCUUUUUGAAAUUAAAAAAAAAUGAAAUGUUUA